AAGGGGUCCCAUCCCAUGGCCUCCUAUUCUGGGGAGCCGGGGCUCCUGUCCUGUGGGUCCUGUGACAUGGUUUUCCGCUCCUGGACGCUGUUGGCCACCCACACUCAGCGUUUCUGCAUUGGCCGUCUGACCCGAGAGUUUUCUUCACCCCACGCCCUGUCCUGUCGCCAGGUAGUGCCACAAGAACACCAGGGCCUCCCAGACCAGGCCAGCAAAUUGGCUCUUAAGAAGCUAACAGAAGAGGAUAUGCGACCUUGGAUAACAGAGGUCCCCAGGGGAUUAGAAGGGCCCCGGAACCAGACCCAGGCGCAGACUCGAAGCACCCAUGAAGCUGCUGGAAGCCCCAGCGAGCGGCUUCGGGCGCUGCAGGGGACUCACGCAAAGCAGGUGGCGGAGACGGAGUCACAGAGCCGGGCCCUGGAGAGACGCAGUGAGGAACUGAGCCAACGCCUCCAAGGUUUGGCCCAGACCCGGGGCGGAAUAUCACGCCUUUUCGGUCUGGAGCGGGAGCUUCGAGAACUCCGGGCAGAAGCCGGGCGAACGCGGGGAGCUCUAGAAGUGCUAGGGGCGCAAGUUCAGCAGCUACAACCAGAGGCCGGGGCCCGGCUCAGCGCCCUGCGAGAGGCAGAACUCUGUUGUCCGGUGCUACGGGCCAACCCAGGGACUCUGGCUGCCGAGAUCGGGGCCCUGAGAGAGGCCUACGUUCGAGGCGGGGGCCGGAACCCCGGCGUUCUGGGCCAGAUCUGUCAGUUGCAGGUGGAGGCAUCAGCACUGGAGCUGCGGCGGUUGCGGACCCGCAGAGGAAAGGGGGCAGGUGCCGCCCUGGGGGAGCUUCUAGUAGUGGAAACCGAAAACCGGCGCUUGGAGGCAGAAAUCCUGGCCUUACAGAUGCAGAGGAGUGCAGGCCCUGCGUCCUGGGGGCCUACGGAGCCUCGAACUUUGGUGAAUCUCAGCCCAUGCCUGAGAAGGAGGGAAGAUCCCCCGCGCCUCCCGCCGCUCGUGGCUCCUCCGCUGCCGCCCCUUCCACACUCCACAGGCAUCCUAUUGAGUGGCACAGGAGAGGCCCUGCAGGUUCCUGGAACCAUGACCAAGAACCUAGGUCUGGAUCCAUACUUCCUUCUGCCCGCCUCUGACGUUCUGGGCCCUGCACCCUAUGACCCUGGGGCUGGGCUGGUCAUUUUCUAUGACUUCCUUCGGGGCCUUGAGGCCUCUUGGAUUUGGGUGCAACUAAUGACUGGCUUGACCCGAGAUGGACAGGACACAGGAGGAGCCACGGCAUUGCCCCCAGCCCUUUGCUUGCCCCCACCUCCAGCUCCUGGGCCCGUGGGCAAUUGUGCCAUCCUUGCCAGCAGGCAGCCUGUACCCAGGCUGCCACCUUCAGCAUCAGUAUCCCUGGUCUGUGAGCUACAGGCCUGGCAGGGGCUGGCAUGGACUAGGGAACCACAGCCAAAGGCUUGGGCCUCACUAGUGCUAUUUGACCGGGAGCAAAGGGUGUUAAGUGGCCGUUGGCGCCUUCCACUUCGGGCCCUUCCUCUGGACCCCAGCCUUAGCCUUGGGCAGCUGAAUGGGAUUCCCCAGGUAGGUCAGGCUGAGCUCUUUCUGCGACUGGUUAAUGCAAGAGACGCAGGUGUCCAGACACUGGCAGAGAUCAAUCCCGCAAGUGCCCAAGAGUACCAGUACCCACCUCCGAUGUCCAGCUCACCUUCACUGGAAGCAAGCUUCCUUGCCCCAAAAGCUGGCUUUGUUGACCCCCCUCCUCCUGAAGAGCCCCCUCAGCAGCAGAGUCAAGGAUAG